AUGAGACAAUUGGAGAAGACUCUUGAAGUCGGACCGCCGUCCAGACGGCCGCUCGGCCAACGUCGAUUCCAACCAUCACCGCCUCCACCUCAAGAGUACGACAACCUUGGCCUAGACGACCUGACUGGUUUCUGCGAUUAUGUCGCACCGCCUAAUGCUCUGCGCCACCACCGGCGUCUGCGGGCCAGUGUUGCUGACAGACACCUCGAAAUGUUUUUUGACACUAUCCACAUCUUUCUUCCAAUCUUCGAUAGGGAGGCCUUCAGAACAAGAUACAGUGCUCUAAGACCGCUCUUUGGCGACAACCGGCUCUUUCUCCCUUCUCCAGAAUACCCAAAGAGCCAACAAUUUCUAUGCCUCCUCUAUGCCGUUCUCGCUCUCGGAGCCCUCUACGAAGAUGAACAAGAAGACAGUUCUUCAUGGGCCUCGUGGUACUUCGCAGAGGCGCAAGAUAGUUUAGGUCAUCUUCUCGACGCGGCAAAUCUCGAAUUGGUUCAAGCUGCGAUGCUCAUGGGAGCAUAUGCACAGCAUGCCAUCAAGCCGAAUCUGGCUUAUAUCCUCAACGGCAUUGCAGCUCGCCUGGCAUUCUCGAUCGGCUUGAACACAGCAUCAAUAUACAGCUCUGGUCGAUUUCAUGCAGAGGAGGUGAGGCGUACCUGGUGGUUGAUUUAUAUUCAAGAGGUCGAGUUGAGUUUGGAUUCAGGGCGGCCAAUGUCAAUUCGAACAUCAGACAUGGACAUGGAUUACCCUGUGCCUCAGAGAAAUCGCAACGGGGACAUCGUGGAAGAGUCACAGAUCGUGUUCAUCCGGUACCUCGGUGAGGUCGCAAAAAUUAUGAGAAGCAUUUUGAAUUUGGUCAACCACACCGAAGCCUUGGAAGAGAGCUCCAUAGCCCCCGAGACAGAGGCGCUACGGACCGACCUUCAGACGUGGUAUGCAUCUCUACCCCAGCACCUUCGUUUCCAUGAACCCCCGGCGGAUGAUGCCUCCACCUAUGCCUCCCCGUGUAGCUGGCAAGCUAGGCAGCAGAGCAGUCUUCGAAUACACUACAAUCUUGCAAUCAUAAUCCUCCUUCGAGGUUCCCUUAGCAAGCAGAAGCUGGACCAUGGCUGUCAGUCUCGCGUCUAUCAGGACUCAUGUCUUAGCGCCGCGCGGGACAUGGUAAAGCAUAUCCAUCACAUUUUCAGGUUGGCACCGAGCCUCAGGCGAUGGAGCUAUUAUUGCUUUUAUUGUCUCCAAGCCAUCUUGGUUCUCUUGACAAAGAUUAUUGCAGACGACAACGCACCUUGUGCUCGUCCCCCUUCUCACGAGCGUGCGUCAAGCGAGGCUAAUCGUCUCGCGGAAGCAGCAACAGACAUGAGCUGUUGCGAGAUUGGAAUCCGGAUAUUCGAGCAAAUCGAACUCAAAGCAUCACAACGCUGUGCCGAAGUCGUGCGCAGGUUUCUGGAUAAAUGCAAACUCCGAAUGCGACAGAAGGGCUUCAACACCUCCAAUCGCGAUUCCCAAGGAACAGGAUUCGCAGAGCAGGGCGCACACCAGAAAAGAGAGGUGUCGCUCAGGCGGACACAGCGGGGACAGCGCACGACUGGACAAAAGCACGGACCUGCUUUGGCUUUGCCGGAAGCUCAGCUUACACCUACUACAUCACAGCUGGAGCCCCUUUCGGCUCCCACAGUCGAUUAUUGCUUUCCUUCCAUUUCCUGGUCCGAGGCCGCGGAUCAUUCCACUGCGGCCUCCAAGUCAAAGGAUGCUAGAGCAUCCGGCUUCGCCUGUAUGCCACUAGAUGGCGAUGCUCGUACCAUCGACUCCCCUGUCAGUGGCCCAGACUCUCUUUGCGUAAUGACGACCCCGAUCUCGCUAGGCGGCCUCGAGACUGAGCUCUAUGGCGCAUUGCACGGCCACGACUACAGCAACUACGACCUUGGAUCCGAAAGGCAGAACUUUUUCCUAGGCAGCGGUGGUCUUGCCCAGGAAAGCAGCUUCAUGACCGAAAAUGCUGAAUCGAGGAGCUCAGCACGCGGGUUUGCGGAGGGGUAUGAUGAGAUAGGCCCUUCCGCUGGUCCCUAUACACAAUGGGCCUUGGAAUAG